GUAAGAAAAUAUCCCUCCGCCAGGGUCGGAAGCUCCCGGAAGAGUAGUAACUAGAUCCUGCCGCGGUGUUGUUUUAUUUAUUAUAAUUAUUAUUGUUUCCCUUAUUGCUUUAGGUUGAUACGAUAACUUAUUGUUGGGGGAUUCUUUUCUUUUGUUAUUUUUCUUUUUUUUAUUUUCUUUACAUCGAAGGUUUACGCUUUGUGAGAAUCCCGUCCCUUAUUUCUUCUACCAUAUUUAUUAUUGUUUCUCUUCUCCGGUUAAAGUAACAAAUGUCAACACCAGCCAGAAGGCGUCUUAUGAGAGACUUUAAAAGGCUCCAGGAGGAUCCCCCCGCUGGUGUGAGUGGUGCCCCCUCUGAGAAUAACAUCAUGGUGUGGAAUGCGGUUAUAUUUGGGCCUGAAGGAACACCAUUUGAAGAUGGAACAUUUAAACUUACAAUAGAAUUUACAGAAGAGUAUCCAAAUAAACCGCCAACUGUAAGAUUUGUCUCUAAAAUGUUUCAUCCAAAUGUGUAUGCUGAUGGCAGUAUAUGUUUGGACAUUCUUCAAAAUCGUUGGAGUCCUACUUAUGAUGUAUCUUCUAUUUUAACCUCUAUACAGUCGCUGCUGGAUGAACCAAAUCCCAACAGUCCUGCAAAUAGUCAGGCAGCACAGCUGUACCAGGAAAAUAAACGUGAAUAUGAAAAGAGGGUUUCUGCAAUAGUAGAACAGAGCUGGCGUGAUUGUUGACCCUGGCACUUGUUUAUGAACACUCUGACAAGGAGGAAAAUUAUAUAUAUAUAUGAAGUGUUUGAGUGAUCUUCCUCUUACUAGAAUCUUUACAUUUAUAUUGUUGACUGCAAAAUGGCUGUUGUGCUGUCACUUUAGUCCCCUGCUGAUGCUUCAUUCCCCUCGGACACCAGAGAGCAAUCGUGUUGAAAUUCAAAUGUACUGUUUGUGGGUUACUUGCAUUUUUUUUUUUUUCUUUUAAAUUUCCAGCAGACUUCACUUAAAUCUCUGGUUGAUCAAAGUCCACUGUUGUAGUUUACAUAUAAACCUCCCCCAAAAUAUGUCUAAUAAAAAGGGAUAUAUGUACUGUAGUUAUAUGCAUACCAAACUAAAUCUGAAAUCUCAGUGGUGCUGAUCUAUCCAAGGUUCUACUGCAUUUGGUUUUAGUCUGAAGGAUGAAGUUACAGAGGUGUGAUCAUUUUUGUUUUCUGUUUUAAAAGAAAAUAUGCCCCAUAUGAUUUUGCAGUGCAGGAAUAAAUAAAUCUCUCCUAAGUUUACUUGAUAUUUAGUGGGUGCUGUGUACCAAUGGAUUAGGAGACAAAGUAACUAUUACCUACAAUCACUUAUCUGUGACAACUUGGGCGUACAUUGCUGUGCAAUGUAUAGUAGGCAUGUCCUGUAGCUAUGAGGUUGUACUACAAUUCUAAUUUUUUUUUUUUUUUUUUUCGUUAAGGUUGUGUUUUUGUUUGUUUUUUCCCCUCCAAGAGAUGCAGGUUUGGUAGAAAUGAAUAUACAGUUUUGCUAAUUUCUUUUUAACGACAAAUCCCUUAAUCAUUUUUGUGUUUAACUUAAAAAGUCAUGCAGUGUGUUUUGUUUUUUCCCCUCUGCAAAAUUGGUAAAACAAAUUAGUGGGGUGUUUUUUUGUUUUUUUUUGUUUGUUUUUAAACAAAAGCUUUUUGUUAAUAUUUCAUCUAACAGCAAACAUGGAUUUUUCUUUGUAAUAAUUUUUGCACAAACUUCUAUAUUUACUUUUUUGCAAAAGUAACCCAUGUAAAACUGUACAUUUUCUCCAAUCUUGUAAAUAAAAGUAUAACCUACCAAA